AUGGACCGACUAAGACUUCAAACUAGAUCAAUUCCUGCUUAUAGUAUUUUGGGACUUAUUAAUAGCGCAACAUAUUCCAAUAUAACAGCAUUAAAUGAUACAAAUAACGGCGCUAUAGACCUUACCUUAGGUGCUAUUGCUGGUAAUCAUAUUAUGGCUCAUAAUAAUUAUGGAAGAAUACAAAAUGACGCUAAAAUUUUUCAUCAAAUUAAUUAUAUUUCACCAAGUCCAAUUGAUUGCAUAACAAUUAGUGAUGACGACAAUGAUAUUAACACUGUGCAUCAACAAUCUGCACAAUCUGCUCAAUUUGCACCAUUUGCUCACUCUUCUGGUCAAUCUUUUCAAUUUGCUGGUCAAUCUGCUAGUCAAUUUGUUCAAUCUAUUCAAUCUGCCGGUCAAUCUCCUAGUCAAUCUGUUCAAUCUGUUCAAUCUAUUCAAUCUGCCGGUCAAUCUCCUAGUCAAUCUGUUCAAUCUGUUCAAUCUAUUCAAUCUGCUGGUCAAUCUGUCCAAUCUGCUGGCCAAUCAUUGCAAUAUAUUCAGCAUAAUUAUAUGCGUCAAGAACCUAAUUAUUUUCAACGCUUGGCCUCACCAUCUACUUCAUCAAUAGUUCUCGGAGAACAGAGACCAAUUAUCAUUGAUGGCUUAAAUAUUGGUUAUGCUCAUGGAUGCAAUAAGAAAUUUUCUGCAAAAGGCAUUGUUUUAUGCGUACAGUAUUUUACUAAUCUAGGAUUUCGAGCCGUGAGAAUUUUAUUACCACAACAUUAUCAAGGAAUGCCUGGAUCAGAAACUCACUCAAACAUCAGUUUGUUAUUGAACGCUGGUUAUGUUUUUUUUACACCUAGUAGAAAAAUUAAAAACGUUCGUCUAACAUGCUACAGUGAUCGAAUUAUACUUGAUCAUGCUUACAACUGUGGUGGAGUAGUUGUAUCAAAUGAUAACUUUAGGGAUCUGUAUGAAGAAAAUGAAAAGUUUAAAGAAGUCAUUGAAAACAGGCACAUAAUGAUCAUGUUUAUCAAUGACGAAAUUAUUGUUCCAUCUGAUCAGUAUAGUCGUCAAUAUCCAAAUUUGUAUCUUUCAAAUAUUUUGCAUUUUCCAUCUUAA